AUGGGAUGCAACAUUUCAAAAUAGAAUUAAAGUAGACAUACUAAUUAUCAAUUAUUAUCUCUCUAUAAAGUAGAAGGAAUAUUCUUAACUUUAGCUAUAAAUAACAUCAAUACUUUGGUUGCUGUUGGAACAAAUAGUGAAAUCAAAAUUUUUAAUUUUAAAAGAGGGUUUAUGAAAUAAAUUCAAAUAAUGUAGAUACGAGGUUAUUAUAUAUCACUCUUAAUUUAUUGUAAAAUUAAACCAUUCCUUAUAUCUGCUUAAGUUCAUCCUUCAUUAAUAAUUUGGAAUAACAAUCUCAUUUCAAAUACUAAAUACAUUUGCAAGUUAAAUGGACAUUCUCUUUCAAUCAUGUCUAUGGUCAUUCAUCCAAUAUUUGAAGAUCUCAUUAUUACAGGUUCUGAAGAUAAUAACAUAAAAUUUUGGUCAAUAAAAACACAAUGGUAUUGUAAAUAGACAAUAUCUGAACAUAGUUAACCAGUCAUUUCUUUAAUUAUCAACACAGAUGGAACUUAAUUAAUAUCUUGUAGUUAAGAUAAAUCAAUUUUUAUAAUUGAAGGAUCAAAUUAGACAUUAUGGUUAAUUAAAUAAAAAAUUCAACUGCAUUAUUAUGGAUAUCGUUUAUCAUACAUUACAAAUAGUAUGUUUUUAUUUCAGCCAAAUAGUCUUUAUGAUGGUACUCAUCUAUAUAUAUAUUAUUUCAAUUCUUCUAAACAAUAAUAUCAACAAUUAUAUUAAAUUCCUGUAAAAGGAAAAGAAGAAUUUUGUUAUUAUUAUUUUCCAUCAGUAUAUAUUAAAUCUUUGAAUUUACUAGUUAUAAAAAAUGCGCGGUUUGUUAAUAUAUUAAGAAUCACACCUUCUCUAUCAAACAAUAAUUUAAGUUAUAAAUGGGAAUAAACUAUAGAGUUCCAAAAUAAAUAUAUCAAUGGAACUUUGAGCGAUAAUGGAGAAUUUCUGUUAAUAUGGGAUGAAGAAUCAGAACAAAUUCAAAUAAGAUAGCUCUAGUAGAAUUUUACUAUUUAAUGA